AUGCGGGGAUUUGAGGCUUCGGGGCCUGGCGCCCUCUGGGCCGCUCCCUCGACCCUCACUACCUCCGUCAUAUCCAGUACCACCGGUCUUCCCACAACCUCCUCUUCCAUCCCUUCCACCGACACCGAUCUUGUCGCAUCAAAUAUCGAACAUGUUCUGCUGGCAAUAACGUCGCGGAAUCAGGAUGGUGGCCUGGCAAGUGUCGGUGGCAACACGUCGGGUUCCACCGGCAAGGGCAUCUUGAUUGGCAUCCUCUCCGCCUUUGGCUCUGCCGCCGUUGCCGUCGUCAUUUUAGCGGUGUUCUUUUUCUUCAAGUAUACUCGACGUGGUCGGAUUAUUCUGGAUCGGAUUGGGCGACCAGGUGAAUACGAUGACGAACAGGCGUUUUUGCGCGAGGAAGCGGAGGCCCUGGAGGCCAUGGACGACUUGUCGCGAUCCGAGUAUGCAAGAGCAAAGGCUUUUAUCGAAGCCAACCCCCCCGAGUCGAUGCAAACCGACAUCUCGCUGUCUCAGUUCCUUGCGAUCCAAGAAAAAGGUGUAUCCGCGUGGGAGUUCCAGCCGGAACUGGAAAUUGCCAAUUGUUUCGUGGAGGCCAGGACCGAGAUUGAGUUUUACGACUCGGAAUGUAGCGUCCAGACGAACCUGCCCGUACCCAAGCAGAAUGAUGUCUACUACUGGGAAGCGAAGAUCUACGAUAAACCCGAACACACUCUUAUCAGCAUUGGCAUGGCUACAAAACCGUACCCUCUGUUUCGCUUGCCAGGUUUCCAUAAGACGUCGGUCGCUUAUCAGUCCACGGGUCAUCGGCGAUACAAUCAGCCAUUCACUCCAACUCUAUACGGUCCGCCGCUCCUUCAGGGCGAUGUAAUCGGUGUCGGAUACCGCCCCCGUUCCGGUACGAUAUUCUUCACGCGCAACGGGAAGAAACUAGAAGAAGUAGUCCAUGGUCAGAAGACGCAGAAUUUCUUCCCUACAGUCGGUGCGAAUGGUCCGUGUACCGUCCACGUCAACUUCGGUCAGAUGGGUUUCGUGUUCAUUGAAGCCAAUGUCAAGAAAUGGGGGUUGGCUCCGAUGACUGGAAGCCUGGCUCCACCGCCGCCGUACGGAAGCGAACAGGGCAGCAUCCUGCUGGAAUCGGGGCGCGAGAGCGCAGCCCAGAUUUCCAAUCGGGUCUAUCAAGAUGCAAGCAAUGCCCGGACAAGCUCGACUGUGAGAAUCGCGCCGGCGCCGAGUCCUGGCCCGGUGCGGUCUCCAACCGACAUUUCGCUCGCGCAGCUGGCCCAUAUUCCGUCAAACGAAGAUGUUGGAGAAGGAUCAAGUCGCGGCCAUAUCGCAGAUGGGGAGCAGGCGCCCCUGUUGAGCACGCACGAUAUCGAGCAAGGGCCUCCUCCAGAGUACUCCAGCCCGGAUGGCAGCCGCAGAGGCAGCGAUGCGGGGGAUUUCCCACCGGGAGAUCAGCCACCGAUACCCAGCUACGAUGCCGCGGUGGGUAAUCACGAUGGCCAACAUUCUCAUUCGGAGGGGGGCAAUUGA